AUGACAACGACAAGGAAGAGAGCUGCAAUCUCAUUCACUGGAGGAAAGGACUGCACCCUCGCCAUGGCCAUGACAAAGAAAACCCACGACGUUGUCCUCCUCGUCACCUUCGGACCCAAGAACUUCAAGUCCUUCAAGGCUCACUCGCUCGAGAUCAUCCAGCUGCAGGCCAAAGCCAUGGAUGUCGAACAUAUCCUUGUCGAGAUCGGCGAGGAGGGUAAGACCCAUCUCCAAUGCUACCGUGAAGCAAUUGCCGAGAUUAAAGAGAAAUACAACCUCGAUCUCCUCGUCACCGGCGAUAUCCUGAAUGUUUGCGAUAACUUUAUGACGAGGGCAACACAGGACAUUAUCGAGCUCUCAUCCCCGAUCUGGGCCAUUGACCGACACAAGCUACUCGACACCCUGUUUGAACACAAGUUUGAGCUGUUGAUCACCUGUGCAUCGAUCAAGAAGCUCGGAGACGACGAGGACCUCGCCCGCAAGUUUGUCGGGUCCAAGUUGACACCAGAGUUCCUGGAAGAGACUCUUAAGCCACAGGAGAAGACGGUGGAUCUAGGAGGGGAGCUAGGCGAGUUCCAUACGAUGGUGCUGACUGUUCCUGAGCUGUACAAUGGACAGCGGAUCGAGUAUGAGGGUGUUCAGAUUGUGGAGGGCGAGUACAUGUACAUGGACUUUAGCAGCGUCCGGUUGGUCCCCGUCUAG